AUGGCCUUUGAAAAUAUUCGCUGGUUUCAUGUUUUCUUCGUUGUAUUUCUUGCCUCGAAUGUGGACACAGUUACGGCCGCGAGAGAGUUACUCAGGAAUAACAUUAGUGAACCUCAAGCUAUCUGCAAUGACAAUUCUAGAGCCACGUUUUAUAUCGGAGCAAAGACAUCGAAGAAAUGGAUUGUGUUCUUCGAAAGUGGCGGAUUUUGUUCCUCGUUCGCAGACUGCAACAGACGUUACUUGAGUAAAGAUUCAACGAUCUUGAUGACUUCGAACAAGCUGCCUGAUAGAAUUACUGGACGAGAUCUGCUCUCUGCGUCUGGCAGCGAAAACCCAGCUUUCUUUGGAUACAAUCACGUUCUCGUUCCAUACUGCAGCAGUGAUCUUUGGCUUGGCUUGAAAACUAAUCCCAACAAACCGUUCCGUUUUGUGAACGAUUCGUCCGUCGAUAACUUCAGUUUUAGAGGACAGACGAUUUUUCGUUCGGUUUUCAUGGAUCUGCUACAGCUUCAUAACUUGAAAGACGCCGAGGAGAUCAUUCUUGCGGGAAGUAGCGCAGGGGGAAUUGGUAUUCUGAAUCACGCGGAUUGGGUCUUGAAGUACGUAGUGGAAACACAUCGUUUAAACGCCAGCCUUUUGUCUUUAAUCGACUCAGCCUGGUUUAUCGACUUUCAGGGUAGUCUCCAGGGCAGAGUGAAUCCCAAGUUCACAUCAUUCGCAAAUAUUUCGUCGCCUGCUUGUUUAGAUUAUUCGCGUGGUCACACUUGUUGCCCAUCAGCACCAUGCAUGAUUGCGCGCGGGUAUUAUCCCGCAAGAGUCCCGUUACUUUUGAUCUCAAGCAUGUAUGAUAUUUACAUGUUUGGUGAAGUUGUUAAGACACUAGAAGCCGAAGGAAAAACGGCAAAUGAGCACUCUGCAGAUUUCAUAUCUGCUAUAAACAUGUACGGCGGUGCGAUGAAUGAAUCUUUAUCGUCAUCAGAAGAACAGUCAUUGAAUGUGAGCUUCUUUACACCAGCAUGUUUUCAACACAUUUAUUUUGCCACCUCAAGUUUGUGGGACGAGAAUGGGAUCUUUUCUCCUUCAAUGGAAGUUGUAGUUGGAAAUGCAAAAUUUAGGUGAGUCAUUUAUUAUAAGUUUUCGGGUCAAUGUCAGCACCUACCCCUCCCCUAACCCAAAAUUAACCCUAAUAUGCCAUCAUUGGACUGUUGAUGGGUUACGAGAGGGACGUGUGCCAUAGCUCACACACUCUCAUUAAUCCAAUUUUUUUAUGUCUCUUUCACCAAAUUUUCCCCGUCACUUAGAUUGGUCGUUGUGAUUGCUUUGAUUUUGAUUUCACGACACUCAAUUUGUUUUGUGACUCUAAACUCAUUUUUAAUUUUUCAUUUGGCGACUUUUAUUUAAAACAAGUUUUAAAUGGUUUAAAGCAAAUAUAAAUCCCAUGUUUCCGUGCAUCUGUUGCGACACACUCAGGUGCACCACGUGAGACCCCUUCGCCACCUCGUGUGCCAUGGUAAUAGAUUACAGAAAGCGUCAAAAUGUGAUUAAAAUGGCACUGACUCAGUCAUACCACGCCUCGGGUGCUACUCCCUUGUUCUUACCACAUUUUGACGUCAUCUGUGAUCUACGACCGUAUUAACUCAUGGCAAUAUGGAAUUAAUUUGCUUUGUAUAAUAAAAAAGCACACUGUUGUUAAUGGUGACACUAUCUAAGUCUGACUUCGAAGAGAUCCUAAGUAAGAACCAAUUAAAAUCAAAAUGAAUGUAAUAUCAUAUUUUGGCCCUUUACUGAUCGCAGUUAACUCAUAUCGCAAGUGGGAAGCAGUUCUGUUAAUGUAAUUGCAGGAAAGGAACUUGGAAAAAAACAGCAGCUUCUGUGGGGUUUGAAAAUGCGCCUCUAGGAUUCCAGCAACGUUGCUCUGAAAACUGAGCCAUGUAAGUCACAUAACGGAAAGAGGGUUAUUUGUGGUCAUAUUGCUUCACGGAUAACAAAGAACCCCUGAGAAUUUGCCUCGCUUUCAACAUGUGGCCUCGUCACUCACUUGGUAGUGGUGGCGCGCAGAUGGUAUCUAGGAGGCAUGUGUUCGACCCAAAGUUUUUUACAGGCUCUUCUUUCUUAUUUUUGUAAAACUUUCCCCAAUUACUAAUAUGUUUGCCUGGUUUUUCACGUAGGAACAAAGUGCGAAGAAAAACUUGGGAGACAACAAAAAUAUCGAAGACCAGCAUGAAAGAUUUUGUAUCGACAUGGGUGAGAUCACGUGACGCUUCCAUAAAACUAAUUGACAGCUGUAUCGGUGCUCAGUGCAACCCUACGUGUCCCCAGCAGUUGUUUUUUAUAGAUCCUGCGGUGAACUGGGUCGAGGUGGUCAAGAUUGUCAUAAUCAUUCUGUCCCUGUCCAUCACAGUCACGUGCUUUGGUUUGAAGGCCGUAUUCAUGCUGUAUCAGUAUCACCUGUCAAAAAAACAAAGGCAGCACUUGACCGAUACUGAAUCUAAAGAAGCACAAAAAGAGGUGAGCUAUGGAGCAGUAUUUAAUACGAUGUCUUGAGAAGUCUUUGAUUGCACCCACAUGUGAUUAUGUAAAAGGUAAAGUCUAUGCUGGAGUUAAGAGUCCCUCUCAACUUACUCUGGUCUCCAUAGCAUUAAGCGACUUGUAGCAUCAUUAAACCUCCCUGGAUGGGAAGUUAGUCCAUCGCAGGGUUACCCCCACCACCUAGGCUAAGAGAGAUACUGUGAGAGUAAGAAUUCUCGCCCAAAAACACAACACAUUGAUCGCAGACCUCUCGAACUGGACUCGAGCGCACGACCGUCGAGCCACCGCGCCCCGCGCCUCCCACUUGCCUUAUGAUUGUGAGUAAAAAUUGCGCCUUCCUCUCAGCAAAUCAAAAUCAAAACCUACCGGGCAAAAGUGCAUCACGACUUACUCGUUUAUGCUUUCCAGCGAUGCUUACCCUGAGCACUAUUUUCCUUCUAAUAUUUCCAUUUUUAUGAUUGGUCAGUGCCACUAAGAGCCUUGUAUAGUUAACACAGUCUUUCUGUAGCUCCCAGCGAUGGGUUCAAUCGACCAGAAAUAUAAUGGAGAACAUUGGUACCAGAAAGACCCCAGGACACCUAUUUUCAUUUAUGUCACGUUAGUAAUAAUUGCACAUGGAAAACAUUUAUUUGAAUAUACUUUUUAUGUGCGUUUUUACAACAGUUGCCUCCGGCACAACCCAGCGAAAUAAUCAGCAUCGCCUGUUUAGCACUCAGCUACUCAGUCGACGUAAACAAGAAGAAAACGAAAAACGACAGAGGUGAGACUUUAACCUUGGGGUUAAUCAUAAUCUUAGCCAGGACAGAUCAGCUCCAAAUGCGCAAUGAUACUUGAGUGUACACUUGACAUAGGACGGUUAUUUUAAACUAGAUUGUCAGAGAGAAUAAACGAGGAGACAGAUACACUCACUGAGUGACUGACAGACCGACCGACCGACCGACCGACCGACCGACCGAUCGACUGGCUGGCCGACAGACUGAGUGACUGAAUGACCGACUGACCGACUGACCGACUGACCGACUGACCGACUGACCGACUGACCGACUGACCGACCAACUGAUCGACCAACUGGCCGACAGACCAACUAACCGACGGACCGACCAACUGACCGACCGACCGACCGACCGACAGACCGACUGAAAGACCGACUGACUAUUUUGAAUUUUUUACAGACAAGCUGGCUCCUGAGACUAAAGUAGUUCAAACAGAUCAACCAGAAGACACAUCUCCCUUGAUGAUGAGAAAUGAUUUAGAUAAUGUGUUCGAGGAGGAGGAAUCAACAAGCCUUUCCAGUGAAUCAAAUGGAGAAAUCGACUCUUUCCCAAGCGAUAACUUGGGUUUUGAGAGCUUAAUGUCUCUAACGCCUGAGCGAACAGAUUUUACCAAAAUGAAAUUACAUUCUACUCAGAAUGGUCAUUCUCAUAGUCAAGACAAUCCAAGAGUGAAGGUAAAAGAGGCGAAGACCAGAAAUGGACAAAACCAAAAACCAAUUCUAAAGAAUGUCUCUGUUUACUUUAAUCCUGGAGAGUUGGUAGCCAUCUUGGGUCCCUCGGGAUCUGGAAAGACAACUCUACUAGAUUUGCUGACAGGAAGGCGAGAAACAGGCAACAGCCAGGUACGUAGGACGUCAUAGGAAAACUCAUACGAGAGUCAAAAUAUAUUUAAGGAGCUUAUAUUAGAAUAUCUAGUUUUUGUAUGUAGAAUACAGAUUUAAAUGGAAAAUUAAGAGCAUUGUAAACAGUUGGAACAAAGGGAGUUUUAUAAACUCAAAAAGGUAAAGAAAGAGCUUGAACAGGAUUCAAAUUCUUGGCCGUCUCCGAUACAGGUGCAGCGCUUCGGCUGAAAAGAUUGUGGUGCUAUUUACUGUGUGAACAGUCAUGCUGGUAACUCGUGCAAACCAUAUAUGCGAUUGAAAAUACGGUCUAAGAAGGACUAUUUGGUCCCACAGAAAUUCCGCUAUUCAUCCGUUUACCUCAGUGGCUCUAAAAAGAAGUGUACGUUUACCUCGCUACUUUGAAGAUCGUUAACUACUUGCUCUCUAUGCGCCUCCACACUGUGAUUAAGCUUUACAACGUUUUCUUGAUUCGCAGGGUGCGGUGUUUAUAAAUGGAGUUCCUAGAAGUCUUGGUAAUGUGCACAAAUGGUUCGCUCGCAAGAUUGGUUACGUGUUACAACUGGCUGUGCCUUACUAUGAAGAACUCACUGUGCGGCAGAAUCUCGUUUUCGCUGCUCACAUGCGGCUGCCUAAAUCAGUGAGCAAUGCACAGAAGUUUGAACGCGUUGAACAGAUACUUGCAGAGGUAUUUCACUCUUGCUACUUUCAAAUGAUAAGUGAACCUCAAAGGAAUGAUAAAAGCUCCAUGUUCCCUGUUUCUCAUUCUUCAUUUUCCGUUUCUCGUCGUCAUAACAUACUUCGAGUAUGAACACUAGAGUCUGCUGUAUGACACAAGACCCCAAUUUAAGGCACUAGUAUCCGAUUUUGUGCACUAGAGUCCGAUUUUAGACACAAUUAACCGACUUCAGACACAAGUGAUCUAUUUCUGACACUAGUUUCCGAUUUUAGACACAAGUGUUCGAUCUUAGAACUAGUGUCCGAUUUUAGACAUUUGUGUCCGAUUUUAGACAUUAGUGUCUGAUUUUAGACAUUAAUGUCUGAAUUUUUUACAUUAUUGUCCUAUUUAAGACACUAGUGUUCAAUUUAAGAUUCUAAUGUCUAAUUUUAUUUGCUAUCGUGCAGUUUUAAACACAAGUGUUUCUUUUUAGAAACUAAUGUCCGAUUUUAUACACAACUGUUUGAUUUUAGACACAAGUGUUUCCUUUAAGACAUUGUUGUCCGAUUUUAAACACUAGUGUCUGAUUUUAUACACUACCGUUCGAUUUUAAUCACAAGUGUUUCAUUCUAGACACUAUUGUCCGUUUUAUAUCAAUAGUGUCUGAUUUUAGGCAUUUAAAAUUUUCUUAAACAAAUUUGGAUGGGGCGAUACCGCUGGAUGGAUGGUUUGUUUUGUCUUUUGAAUUUGGCGCGACUGCACGUUUGAAACCGCUGCCGUGCUAUGCCGAGCCAAAUUCAUUUGAGGGAAUAUUACAUAUUACAUAGACUGUUCGCAGGGAUCAAGUUAAUGCUAUCGUGACAGCCAAAGUCUCUCAACCUUCCCCCACCCCUUCCCCGGUGAUAAAUGAUAAACUGGUCUCUUAUUAGCUGUGGUUCCUGUGGUUCUUAAACUUGCCAUCGAUUCCACAACUUACCUGUUGCAGAUCGGUCUUACGUCUCUGGCUGAUACAGUUGUUGGUGGGUCUGUGGGUCAAGGUCUCAGUGGAGGACAGAAACGUCGAUUGUGUGUCGCUCUUCAGAUGAUAAAUCUGCCAUCUGUGCUUUUCCUUGACGAACCAACUUCAGGUACGUUGUUUUAAUAGCGAAUUUUAGAUUUCUCUUUAGUGCGUGUUUAUAUGUGUUUAUACCUUGAUUUUUUAAAUGUAUAUUUUAAAAAUUAGGCGCAUUCUCAAGAUAGCCCUUCUUAAUUCGUAAAGAUUCUUAAGCGUUCUGACGGAUAUAUCCAAGUUAUUUCAGUCCUUGGACGCAAAGUUUGGGGAAGUCCAAAGACCCCACUUCUCGUCAGAGGCAGUCUCACGAACGUUGUCACUGGAUCUCGUGUUGCAGUUAUGAUGUUCACUAUCCCAAUACUAUAGAAUCAUUUAACCCUUGUUUAAUUUCAAAAUGCUCAAAUUAACGUACAUUCUUUAAAAUCAGGUCUGGACGCAACAUCUUCCCUGGAGCUGUUGAAUCUUCUAAAUGUUGUUGCUGAGACAGGCAGACUAGUGAUUCUCACUAUACAUCAGCCGAGGGUGGAAAUCUUCCAUCUUUUCCACAAGAUUAUCCUUAUGUAUGAUGGUCAGGUGAGCAAACCUUCCCUGUAAACGAGGACGAAGGGGAAGGGGGGGGAGGUUUACCACUUAACAUUCGUCCUAAGGUGGUUCCUCCAAAGAGGUCAAAUUAAGUGUGAACCGAGCAUGCUCGACCUGAUGAUGAUGAUGAUGAUGAUGAAGUGUGAACUCCGUCCAUACAUACACACGCACACCCCUAACACUGACUUCAGCUUCAAUAGCAUAGAUAAUGUUCAUGGUAAAAUCUAAUAUUUUUAGAAUUAUAUCCAUUAAAAUUAUUAGAAGAUAAAUAAGGAGGGCUUCCCUUUACGUGCUUAUCAACCGUCACGCUCAUGACUUUAGGUGGCGUAUUACGGCGAGCCUACAUCAGCCCCGACUCUCUUUCUUAAAGCCUAUCUGCAGUCAACAACUGAAGAAUUUCGACUCAGUGAAGAAGCGCCAAAAAUUGAUGCCAAAAACCCUGCAGGUAAGCUGCAAGGUCCACCCUAAGAUUGGAGCAAUUAGUUAUCCGAGGUCUGACAUUGGUUUUGAUUUAGUUCGUUCAAGGAUUAAUUGAAAAACUCGCACCUUAGCUUUAUAUCGCACAACAUGAAAAAUCAAAACUAUUUGCGAGUUGGUCGCUUGCGUUUUUCCGCGCUUAAGACCAGGGAAAAGACGUGCUUUUUCUUUGAGUUCUUAUUGGCUCCUUGAGAUGCACGUCUUGGUUCUGAUUGGCCGUUUAGAUAAAUUUGCGUCUGGCUUUUAGACACUGGAUCGGAAGCCGUUCUGUUCGUUGGUUAAGGGAGUAUUUCGAUCAUAUUACUCAUAAUGUUGUUCGCUUUUAAUAUAGGUUGGAAUUCUCAACCUUUCAAUCUUUGAAAAAAGAAAACAGAGAAAGGCAAAGAUUUGGUCGCAUAGCUAACAGGAUUUAGCUUUUAAUUUCGCCACUCUGUUAGCGACGACUGAUCCCCCACUUCGCUCCACCUUAAGAACCCUGCUAUCCUUGCAAAAUCCUCCGCCACUCCUCCCUCCCCCGCAAAAAAUAUGAAGUGGUCCUCAAGUUUAAAUUUGGUGGAAUUCAUAUAUGAAGGUAAAGAAUAGACAAUUCUUAAAUUGAAAAGCAUACGAUUUACUUAUCUAUCCAGACACAAUUAUGGAUAUAAUGAACUGCAGUGAGGCUCGCCGAGCCAUCCUGGAUUAUUACCAAAGAAGUGGUGAGCCAGAGGCAGUCCAGGAAGCUAUCAAAAAGGCACAGGAAGACGCAAGAAACAUUUUUACUAUGCAAAACAUGAACUCCGACAAAGAGGAGUAAGUAUUCUGCGUCGGUGUAGCUAUCACGCUUCCCAAACCAGCAUUUACACGAGAUGUAGGCAUCAGACACCAUUUUUUUAUGUUCGCAAUCAAAAAGUGCCUUUGAAAAUAUGAUUCUGACCAUGUUUCGAGAUUCAUAAGAGUAACUUGCCCUUUCGAAUACUGUCGUCAAAUGAGCUGAUGAUUUGAGCAUAGAGACGGCCCUUUUUAAUCUUGGUUAGUAACCUUGCCGUUUAUCCGCGACGUAGCAAAGUCUGUCUCCUGUUUCAUAAAUCUUAAAGGCUUUUUGAAAAAGGCUUCGUGCAUAGUCGAAUUUAAAGCACAUUUGAAAACAACAUUCGAACUUUCACGUAUCUCUUCAGAGUUUUAAAAAAGCGUGAAUGAAUCACUUCAAAGCCUGUAAUGAGUCUCAUCAAAGCCUGUUAUUAUAGCAAAUCAUUGUUUUUUUCUUGGCAGGAUAAACGAUGCAGGAAUAUUUAACAGAAUAUUUGCGUUGGAAGGCCGAACUUCCCUGAGUCAAACACUUGCACAAAUUUGCUACUUUCCUCUGAUAUUCUUCUUGUUUGGAUUAGUAGUAGGUAGGUAUGCCCUACCCCUGUCAAGAAUAAUGUUUGACCACACCUGUUUUAGGGUGAGGUAAUGGUCUGGCCCAGUCAGCCACUGGUCCCGAGUAUGGGCAUGAAGUGGCCAAGGGUAUUACUACUUCCCCCUGAAUUAAAUGCCAUCACAAGGUUACCCCUCAGCAUUUCAUCAGGCUUCCCUGACAACUCACCGCCACCCAUUUACGCUCCCGGGUGGAGAGAGGCACUGGGAGAUCAAAGUGUUUUGCCCACGAAAACGACCUGGCUAGGUCUCGAGCCCAGACCUCUUGACCCGGAGUCUAGCGCACUAACCUGGAUCAGAGACCAUGAAAUCGAGGACGUUUAAUAAGUACCAAAGAACUACUAUAUUUUAAGAUGUCGAGAGACAAGUGAUUAUCUCUUAUCAGAAUCGGAAGGAACUGACAUUGGUUGAGGGCCAAAUUUGAGAAUGCUAUCGAAACCAUCCACAUAUACUACUUGUAAUCUGUCUGACCAGAGAUUGCAAACUUUGAUUUCUGUGCGUCUUUGAUGAUUCAGGCUUCGCCCUCAUUGCCUAUCACGCAAUACAAAUUUAUGAAAUAUUGGACACAAAUCUUUUUUAAUGUGUUACAUAAUUUUCCCAUCAGGAACAAUUUACUUUCGGGCGCAGGACAAAGAUGGGAUUUUGCUGAUGUCAGCAUUUUGUGUCUAUUGCUGCUGCAGCCCCUUGUUUCUCAGCUCAGUUCUAAUGGCGCAUCUAAACAAAGCUCUAAAUGUGAGUAGAUUGAGCAUUCUGAUUUUUGCACUAAAUUUUUUUCAUUACGAUACUUUUUAAGGUGAUUCCUCAGUGCGCAUCCUGUACUGCGCAAAAAAAUCACGUAAUCGGGCGAAUAGGCGCGCGCAAGAACACGGUGUCGUUUUUCCAAUAAAAGGACCAGGUAAAUAGAUACGAUGAUCUUUAGCUCGUGAACGAGCACGGUGACCUAUAUUUUUUGUUCCAUAAUUUUGGUGUAUAAAUUUUCCCCUUUAAACUGGACAAACUAAGAAAAAUUCAUCGAAGGGAAAAAAAAAAUAUGACUGAAAAGCGUGCACAAAGCCUGUUACUCGUGGAUGCAAAUCAUGACCUUGAAAAGAACGACUCGAGGAACGUUUUGCGUGUAUGCUGUUUAAAUUUUCAUGUAUUUCAAAUUGCUCCAUGCGCUCGAAAAAUUCUAUCUAUCAAGUUUCUUGAGUGUCACUUUAACAAAACCUUGCUUCCAGCUGCAGCAAAAUGUCAAAAUGUACCGUAAACCGAUCAAAUAAUUCGCGUGAUAAGUGUCAGUACAGGCAUAAAUGAUUUUUGUAAGGAGUAAGUUUGGCCCAUUUUAUCUCCUACACAAGCACGGUGACCUAUCUUUCUUAUUGUUUAGGAAAGUUGAAAAAAAGGCGUUCGAUAAAUUCAUUUUCUGAGGAAUCACCCUAAGGAUUUCCUGUCGUACUGUAUAAGUGUUACUAUAUUAUAUAAGGAAGAUUUUCUGAAAUAAGCACCUUCUUGGGCCCUCUUGGGGUUCAAGUCUGAAUAAGAAAGGGGGGGGACUAAGGGUCAUGCGUCUCCUCCGGGGCUAACAGACCACCAUCUCUGUGCAAGACCUUAGUCGCGUUAUUUAAUGACAAGCAGAUAUUUACUGUAUUUUUGUGCCUGCAGAUAUAUCACCUUGAACGUGCUGAUGGGUGCGGUCGGUCAUAUGAGAAUGUGAUUCAGACAUACGUGCGCAUUGCUGCUCUGUGUGUGAUUCCAAUUCUAGUCCGUUCGGCGAUGUCUUAUUUAUUGGUAGGUUACGCAAACCUGGGUAACGUUAAAAAUAAGACCUACAAGUUUGCCCGGUUGUGCUACACUCCCGAACACCGACUACCUCCCUUGCCCCCCUCAAUGUUGGUCUGCAAGAUGGUUUAGAAAUAUUGGCAGUUGACAACAUUUGAAGAGGGAGAGCGACGAAAGUACAUCAUAGACGUUGUCCUGAAGAAGUAUCCUCAUCGAUUUUGCAUGAGUGUCCACUCUUAGACACACUUGUCAGGUCACCGUCUCCCUCCCCUCCCCUUGUUAAUGGUGGUUUGCAAGAUGGCAUAAAAACAUUAGCAGAAGACGGGCGAUAAAACGUCAUAGCCGUUGUUCUGGCGAAGUGUCCAAAAUAAUUAUAUCACGGAGUUAAGUUAUCCCUUUGCAAUUAUGAGAAACAGCUUAUUAUACCACGCAUAGAAUGCAUGUUAAAUAAUGCAGAUUUUGCAUGUUAUGUCAUACAUGAAUGAUCGUGCGCAAGCAGAAGUGUUCAUGAACAUGCGAGGCAAACUGCAGUGACAAGCACAACGAGAGCUACAAGCUUUUUACAAGACUAUUAGUCUUAUAAAGUUGUCUUUUCGUAUGCAUGCCUCAGCUUACGUCUUCAAGAGUGAUCGUUAAACUGUUUACAGGAAAGUUUCACCAUGAUCGUUUUAACAGUCAAAUCUUAAGAAGUAGUUGGGGCAUGCGAACCGAAAUUCAAAAACUAAUAUUUUUGAAGAAUUCGGGUCCAAUUUAACACGUUGUCACCACCGACUGCCCUUUCUCUCGACCAAAAUUAAAAUACCAAAGAACAAGGACAUUUAAAGAUAUUUCUGUUCUAUUGACGUCACACACGUAAUAGGUGGAUAUUGACAUUCCAUCCUGUCCAUAAUCUCCAUGAGUAGAAACUUCUUCUCGGGAUGCAACAUGCCAAACACAUUUUCCGGCAUUUUUGUCCCAAAACACCGAUUAUCGAAUUCAGAGACAGCGGUUGAAUAAAGCGAUACGCUUACCCUUAUCAGUGAAUGUAUCUCUCUCCUGUGUGGCUGAGAUAAACAUAAAAAAAAAUUUGUAUGUGAAAAAAUUGAUAAUAAACAAAUUAAAUGUAUAUAUCCUGAUUUUUUUCUUCUUUCCUCAGGUCAUGACGUCGUAUGAUUUGAAGACAUUUUUCUUGUUAAUAAUCAUCUCAUUGGUUUUAAACCAAACCUGGAUUGCAGUCUACAUGAUGGUGAUUUGUGCACAUCCGGGAUUCGCUAGUCGCAUUUGUCCGAUGGUAUCCGCCAUCGGAGGCUUCGCGGGGGGCUUUUUAGUACCCAGACCUCAAAUGCCGGCUGGGUGAGUGAAAAAUUAUCGAUUUCACUAACAUAUCAUCAAGUUUGCUCCUUCAACGACUUCGUCAUCUUAACGACGUCAUAAACUUAACGAAGUCCGAAAGUUGCCGAAGUCGUUAAGAUAACGACGUCAACAACUUAACAACUUCAUUGACAUAUCAGUCAACGCCUCAGUUAAGGUAUAAAACACGACACUAGAGUAAUAGCGUGUUGGAAUAGCAACGUCAUUACUACUAAAAUAUUUCCCCGUAGAUUAUUGAGGAGAAUUUGGUUUCAUAAGAAAACAAAAUAUUCUGUAUCGAACUGUUUGAGUAUUUUUCAUAAUCUUAUGACAAAAUCGGCUUGAAAUUUUGCGGAAAGUUACCUGUGAUGGAGGUGAAACAACGAAGGCUUAACUGUGAAGUACCACGAUUAUUACAGCUCUGAACUUUUAAUUUUUACUAAUGGUGUCUAUUUUUAUUUACCUUAGGUACAACCUACUAUUCUACAUCAACCCACAAUUCUACGGUUAUUCUGCUAUCUCCAAAGCCUUAUUACAAAACCUCCGCCUAAAAUGUGUUUACGAGUCCAAAUUGAAUUGUAUCAGUACUGAAGGCAAUGCUGUUUUGGCCGGAUUUGGGUUCGACACGGUCAAUAUUUAUGAACAUUUGGCGGUAAGUUUUCCUUUUCUUUUGAAUAUAAGAAAGAUUACUUCCGUUGAGCCAGAAAAGACAGUAAAUUUAUAGAGUGAUUGGUGCAAACCUUUUCACCCAACGUAAAGAUAAAACCAGGAACAAACUAAAGUCGCUUUUCCUUUAUCUUCUCAUAUAAUCGACACCAAAUUGAUUUCUACAACUACAUCGGACAUGUAUGUUCGACGUCCAUGCUAUACAUGCUAAUUUAAAAUGUUUCAAAAACGUAUACUAAGACACGACACUCUUUAUAUUCCAGUACUACCAUUAACAUUGCUCUGCAGAAAAACAAUUACGAAUGAACAAUGAAAUUAAUUUAAUGCUGAUUGUUCCUCUGAUUACAGAUAAUGCUUGGGAUGACAGUAAUAUCAUUAAUUUUCUCCUGGCUGUUUCUGGAAGUAAAGAACAUGAAGAUGAAAUUCUCCAAAACGUAUGUAGCGGUUGUUUGUUUAUGCAUAGCCUCUUCUCAAAGUAACCUCAAUGUUAGUUCGAGUAACGUCAGAAAAUUGGAAAAUAUCGGAAAAAAAAAUUGCAAUUUACGUGUUCAUGUUGGUCGAAUAACACGACAGAGCCAAAUGUUAACUCUAUAAGGGAAACGGUGUUUUCGUAAAGAAAUUCAUUCUAGACAGAAAUUAACAUUUGAACGAGCCUGGAAAUAUUCGUGGGUUUUUGUAUGUAGUCUAAGAUGCCUUCACAAGGCAAAUUCGGUAAAGAGUUGAACGAUGGCGUCUCUGAAAUUAGGCGUUUCCUUCAUCUACACAACUCAAAUCCAAAUUUUACAAUGGACAGUAAUGCCUCAAUCUGAUUGGCAAAUUUACCGCUUGGGACAAGAGCAUAGACAACGCUGCUAGCGUCCAUGUGUCAUAUGAUUCCUUUACCAGCUCUUAACCCUUUAAAUCCCAAGAUCUGAUUCUAAAUUCUCCCCUCUAGCUGCUACACAUUUCCUUUUAAGUCAGUUUUAAGAAUUUGGUGUCAGAUCAAGAGAACAACCUCUACUUGACAAGUUUAAGUAUUCUCAUUACCUGUAUGCUGGAUAAUGUGUACAUAUAAUGGGGAGAAUUAACAUGUUAAUCAACUCUAGGGGUUAAAGGGUCCAACAUGGAUGACUCGGAAAUUUCGACGUCGACAUUGUGGUUAAAAAAAAAUCGACAAUAGUUUGGCGUGGUCUGUACUCUUAACCGUUUAUCUCCCAAAAUCUCGUUAGUUCUCCUCACUGCCUACAUACAGUUCUCGUGAUGUUAGUUUAGAGAAUUUAGUAUUGGAUCAACUUAUAAUCCCCUUAUUUAUAUUUUUCUCAUUACUUGUCAGCUUUGUAUUGUAUUGAUAUUGUAAGGAGAAAUUCUGUCUUGGUCACUCAUGGGAGUUAAAGGGUUAACAACAACUAUAUUUGUCAUCACAGUGGUCAAAAUUUGUUGCGGAUUUGACCAUCAGCGAAUAUAGUUGUCGAUAAUACUACACACCACGCUAAAUCACCGUCGAUUAGUUAAAUAGCACACCGACCCUUCUUCAAAAUAUCAACUUGUAUGAAAGGCGUAUUUUCACGUAAACAAAAACAGCAACAGUUUCCGCAGUCUACAUUUUGACUUGAACGUCAAAGGCAGACCCCGAUCCAAUAAUAUGCAAAAACAAAAACGCUCUUUGCCUCCUCCCCCCGUCCUCCCCUCCCCCCCUCCCCGUCACUCCUCUGCUAUACCAGAAAUGUCGGACGACUCACAAUCACUCAACUAAUCUUAUUGUUCUAUUGACUUAGGUCAUCAAAAAUAUCAAGGUCACAAGUGGAUAAAAUACUAGAAGAAUCAAUCGAGCUUCUAAAUGAGGCUGGCCACACAGCUAACCCCACUCGCCGGAGGUCCACGUUAGGCAUUGUUACCCAUGACGACGGACUGCACACCGUGAAGCUUCCGGACAGUCCCAUUUCUCGCGAGUACCAGCCAGAUCCAGAUGUUGUUUCUUUGAUGCCACAAACGAGUCCUGUCAUGUCUCGAGAGAGUCGGUGGGCGAUUGUUCGUAGGCGUAUGGCGGAGAGAAGGUUAAGCACCCAUCUUGAGAUGCAGAACGUUCAGAGAAUCGUCAGACAUUCCACAUUUAUACAAUCAAAACAAGUUCAGUCUCAAAUGGCAAGGACGCGAAAGAAAACUAUACCUCUGCCACCGAGAAGUAGACACAACAGUGACCCUGGAGCAAACGGACAAAAACCAGAACCAAAAAAGAAACGUCACCAGUCAUACCAUGAAACCAACGAUCACAACCCUAUGAAUCUUGAACUGAAAAUGACAACUUGGCAACCCGCGCCACGACCAAAGAGUGUCUGUUUUCCUGUGGUUGAAGAGGGAGAUCAAGAAAUGACGAGUCGUAGCUCGUCAUUGAAAAGUAUCCGUGAACAUGAUGACGCGUUUGGCUCUGUGGAAGAAGAAGAGGAUACCGCGAAUAUCGUUGUUGACACCAAGUUUUAAAAAUAGGGAAAGAGCAAUAGACAUUUUUUCCUUCAUUACGUAAUUAAUAGUAAAAAAGUCACAUUCAAAGACAAGUGCUGAGUAAGUAGGCUUUAAUAUCAGUUGACUUCCCUGAUGUCACAACGUCUUUAUAAAUACUGAUUUAUUUAUCAUGCAUAAUCUUCACAGUUAACUGCACA